GUGUACCAGUUAACAGUCGAGUCUCCACUAAAAUCCAGCAGCUUCUGAAUACACUGAAGCGGCCGAAGAGGCAGCCGCUCAAUGAAUUCUUCGUGGACGAUUUUGAGGAGAUCAUAGAAGUGCCCCCUCCUGACCCUCACCAGCCGAAACCUGAGGGGCGGCAGCUGACACCGGUCAAGGGGGAGCCCCUGGGGGUGGUGGGGAACUGGCCAGCGGAUUUGGAGAGUGCCCUGCAGCGCUGGGGAACCACUCAGGCCAAAUCGCCCUGCCUGACCACACUGGACACAAGCGGCAAACCCGCCUACACACUGACCUACGGGAAGCUCUGGACCAGGAGCCUGAAAGUGGCCUAUACGCUGCUCAACAAGCUGGGGGUCAAGAACGAGUCGGUGGUGAAGUCGGGGGACCGGGUUGCCCUUGUUUACCCCAACAGUGACCCGGUUAUGUUCCUGGUGGCGUUUUGUGGCUGCCUGUUGGCCGAGGUGGUGCCGGUUCCCAUCGAGGUUCCCCUGACCAGGAAGGAUGCCGGUGGUCAGCAGAUUGGUUUUCUCCUGGGCAGUUGUGGAGUUCGCCUGGCGCUGACCAGCGAGUCCUGCCUGAAGGGGCUGCCGAAAACUCAGGCCGGAGAGAUCACCCUCUUCAAAGGUUGGCCUCGGUUGAAGUGGGUGGUCACUGACUCCAAGUACCUGUCCAAACCGAGCAAGGACUGGCAACCGAUGGUCAAACCGGCCGGGAGUGAAGCGGCUUAUAUCGAGUAUAAGACCAGUAAAGGUGGCAGCGUGAUGGGGGUGUCCAUUUCCCGACUCGCUCUCCUGCAGCACUCCCAGUCCCUCACUCAAGCCUGCGGCUACAACGAAGGUGAGACCUUGGUCAACGUCCUGGACUUCAAGAAGGAUGUGGGUCUUUGGCACAGCGUACUGACCAGUGUCAUGAACAGGAUUCACACCAUCAGUGUUCCCUACUCUUUGAUGAAGACUGCUCCCCUCUCAUGGGUACAGAGGGUCCACGCACACAAAGCCAAGGUUGCCCUGGUGAAGUGCCGGGACCUACACUGGGCCUUGAUGGCACAUCGAGACCAGAGGGACGUCAGUCUCAGCUCCCUCCGGAUGCUCAUCGUCGCUGAUGGAGCCAACCCCUGGUCAGUCUCCUCCUGCGAUGCUUUCCUGAACGUCUUCCAGAGUCACGGCCUGAGGCCAGAGGUCAUCUGUCCGUGUGCGACCUCACCGGAAGGACUGACUGUGGCUAUCCGCAGGCCUGGGCAGCAAGGGGCACCGGUCCCUGGGCGCGCAAUUCUCUCCAUGUCCGGACUGAGUUACGGAGUGAUCCGGGUGAACACAGAGGAAAAGAAUUCAGCGCUGACCGUCCAGGAUGUGGGCCAUGUGAUGCCUGGAGCGACCGUGUGCAUCGUGAAACUGGAAGGAGCGCCUCAGCUCUGCAAAGCGGACGAGAUCGGCGAAAUCUGCGUCAGUAACCGUGCCGGCAGCUGCUCGUACUACGGACUCCCAGGAUUGACCAAGAACGUCUUCGAGGUAUUCCCCAUCACUGCUUCAGGAGCUCCUGUUGGUGAAUAUCCCUUUAUUCGAUCUGGGUUACUCGGGUUCGUGGGUCCG